AUGUCGAGCCAUUCAUUGAUCGACUCCGUCAUCGACGAUGACGAUGAGUUCUGCCCCCUUUGCAUUGAAGAGUUCGAUCUUUCCGAUAAGAACUUUAAGCCAUGCCCUUGUGGGUACCAGAUUUGCCAAUUCUGCUACAACAACAUCAAAACCCACAGCGAAGAGGGUCGAUGCCCCAACUGUCGACGCGGAUAUGAUGAAAGUACUAUCCAGUACAAGAUUCCCGACGCCGAAGAGUUCAAGGCGGAUUUGGCGUUAAAGCAUCGCAAGGCAGCUGCAGCAAAGAAGAAGGAAGCCGAAAAACGCGAAAUCGAAGCUUCCAGUCGCAAGAAUUUAGCCGGUGUCCGUGUUGUCCAAAAGAACUUGGUCUACGUUAUCGGUCUCAAUCCUACGAUCCGGGACGAAAAUCAGCUUCUCCAAACGCUUCGUGGGCGCGAAUACUUUGGUCAAUAUGGCGAAAUCGAAAAGAUUGUGGUCAGCAAGGCGAAGCCCGGCGGCAACCCGAACCAGGGCAUUGGUGUCUAUGUGACUUUCUCUCGCAAGGCCGAUGCUGCGACAUGCAUUAACGCCGUGGAUGGAUCCGGAAAUGGCGAUCGAGUGCUCAGAGCGCAAUACGGCACGACCAAAUACUGUUCGUCUUUCCUUCGAAACGAACAGUGCAACAACCGAAACUGCACUUUCUUGCACGAGACCGGCGAGGACAGCGACAGCUACAGUCGCCAGGAUCUUUCCUCUAUGAACACAAUCUCUACCCAACGCCAAAACCUUCCUCCUACCCCCUCGAGCGUUCCCGCACAUGUGAGGUCCGCUCAACCUAUCUCUCUUCCGAUGCGCAGACAACCAAGCAAGGAUGACUCAGUCAGUGGUCGCUCGGGCAUCCCAGAUGGCCCGGCUCUACCAUCAUCUGCUAGUUGGGCCAAUAAGGAUGUUGCAAUUCACCGGACCAGGAGGACUAGUCUCACGGGCAGUCAAGCAUCUAACAGCCCGCGGCCUUCAAACGUUAAUAUUGCCACCCCAGUCGAAGAGCCAAAGCGAUCCGAGAAGCCAUCUCCAAUUUCUCAGGAACCUCAGCAACCAACUUUACCAAACGAUCCCCAAUCCCCUUCCGCGGAGCCACGUCCACGUGGAACCAACAAGCCUCCGAAGCAACCAACACCAUUUGAUAAUUUGUUGAAGGAUAUUACAUCCCCGCACUUCAGAUUCUCUUUCUCUACAGCCGAACUGUCCGAAGAAGAGGUCAAGUUGAUCGAGAACUAUCCGUCUUUUAUCGAUCCGUACGGUGGCGUCAAGCGCAGAGCUAUGCGUGAGAAAGUCGAACAGGAGCGUCUUAACCGGGAGCAAGAGCUGCUCCAAUCUGUUGCAGCUGAGGAGGACAGUCGUGAAGCUGGCAGCCUUCAGCUUGGCGGUGAACCGGAGGAUGCCAACCCUCCGCGUGGCCGCCAGACCCGAGAGUCACAUGGUGCUAUUCAACCACCUUCGCAACAGGGCACCGCAGACAACUCGACCGUCGGAUCUCCUGUAUCUGCGACCAGCCACCAAUUCCAAGGCCUGAACCUUGCUGGGCGAAGCUUAACACCCCUCCAGCAACAGCAAUUGAUGUUACUUAAAUCCGCUGGCAACCAACAAGCCGGUUUGGCUGACCCUUUGAGCUCCGCUGCUCUGGAUCAAGCUGCUCAAGUCCGCCAGGGACUUCUGCAGAACCAGAUGGCCCAAUUCAAUGCGCUGCAGGCAGCACAGAACCGACAGUCUUCCCGAUUCUCUUUCAAUGAAGCUGGUUCGAAGAACAUUCCCAAUGCACGCAUGUUGAGCCAGAUGCAGUCCGCAAGCCCCAACCCGCUGUCGGCCCCGAGCCCUCAACACAGCCUCGCGAGUGGUUUCUAUGCGAGUGGUGUCCAGGGUCCUCCUCCCGGGUUGAAGACGGCCGGUACCCCUCCCAUCAGCGGCGGUGGAAUGUUUGCCCAAGGUCACGGUUUCACCUCAGGGCUUGGGUCCAAUGUCGGCAAGCAAGAUGCAACCCCGGAGUUGAUGCGCGAGUUACUGCGCGGACGAAAUGGUACAAAUGUCGGUGGUUUACAGGGCCAGGAGGCAGCUAAGCGUGAGUUCAUGAUUCCUUUCCUUCAACAGCACAAUACCCCACCUCCCAUGACUCCCAAUGGCCUUCUCGGCUCGUUCUAUGGGUCCCAGCCAGGCAUGCCUGAAUCUGGUGGCCCACAGAAGCAGAAGAAAAAGGGAAAGAAGCACAGACACGCUAACACUUCCUCCGGUGGAGGUGGUGUAGUAGAUCUUGCGGACCCGAGCAUUUUGCAAGCGAGAAUGCAUCAGGUCGGUGCGAAUGCUACAGCCGGGCAAGCGUUAUAUGGGAGUCAAGGUCAAGUCAAUGAGGAUUUUCCCCCACUCGGCGAACAAUCCAAAGAUCGUCGACCCGUUGACAGUUUUGGCUUUUUGAAAUCUCAGUUGCCCAACGAGUCUACCGCUAGAGCUGGAACCCCGACUCUACCCCCAGGCUUGCCGUUGCCCCACGCUCACCCCUCGACUUCUGCUUUUCAGGAACAGCUCAGUUCCUCAAAGCCGUCCUCGCCUGCUCCAAUACUGCCGCCUGGCCUAGGUGCUAGCAUCUCACGACUCGGUACACCGAAUCAAGACCGCGAUGAAACCCCUUCCCAGCGGUUGAGUCCAGAACUCACCGUGGGAGGCCCGUUGACAUCUAGCCGUGUGAAGGAUGCAUCCCAGAUUUCCUUUGGGUCGCCAGUACAGAAGCCCGCAAGCAAGGCUCGUGCCCAGCGCAAGAUUGAUUUGGCUGCUGCUGCUGCCGAUGCCAAAGAUUCGGCUAUCAAAGCCCCAAACCAGUCGGAGCCAAGUUCUGCAGUCACGAAAGGCAGCCCCAUUGGUUUCAGCACACCAUUAGCCACCACUACCAAGUCUGAACAAGUUGCUGCUCCUGGUUCUGUUUCUGCGAUCGGGUCGCGGCCUCACACACCUCAGACCAUCGCAUCUCGGAUGUCUGAUUCUCCCGUUCCCCGUCAGCCCCGUAUUCUGCGUGUGGUGGAAUCAACAAAGACCGAAACCCCCCCUCCUGUUCUCGAUUCUCCCUCCGUGACUACCUCUGUCAUUGGGGGAAGCAAGUCACGCUCUCGGCGCCAGAGCCUUUCAUCUAACAGCCGACCUGACACUCCUGCUGAUCACAGUUGGGAAGCCGAUUACUAUCCCUCGACCUCUGCUUCCCGCGCGAAUUCUCCUCCUGCGUCCUCCCGCAUCGGCUCUGCCCCAGUUCGGUCCAUGACGAAGAGCCAAGUCAAGAAGGAGAGAAAGCAGAAAGCUAAGGAGGCGGAGGCCAAAAAGGUUGAAGCCGCACCUGCACCCGAAGAACCUGUCCAAGCUCCUAUCAUGGGGCGAAAGCGCAAGACCAAGAAGGAACCAAAAACCAAUGUGGACACGACUGAUAGUGCUGCUGCCAGUGGCACCGAGACAAUGAGCCCUGCCAAGGCAGCAAUCAGCUCGCCGGUCAAGCCGGAGCCCGUGGUAGAGGUUCCAAAGAAAGUGAAGGCCAAGGAGAAGCCUAUCAAGGAACCAACUCCUCCCCCUCCUCCGUCCCCUCCUCCACCUGCUGUUGAAGAGCCACCUCGUCAGAAGGAAGCCCCGGUGGAGCCCUGGCGUACCCACAAUACAGUCGAGCAGUUGGUCAAGGAUUCCGAGGCUAGUGGAAGAUCCAUAAAGGACCUGUUUGUGGAACGGACUAAGCCUCUCCACGAGUUACUUGCUGAGAUGCACAAGUCCGGUGAGCUGGACCUCUACAAGAGUUCCCUUUUCAACCCUACCAAUCUCAGCCAGCGCACCGACAUGAAGUGUGUCGCAGACGACUAUGAUAUUCUCCAGUGUCCCACUGAAUUGAACGAGGAACACCGCAAAGCCCUGCUUCGUGGAGAACCCGUUCGACUUGGUGACGAGCGCCUGAAGAGCCGAUGCCUCAUCACACCUCGCGGCUGUGUGCUUCGCCACCUUGAGCCAGAGGAAGAGGAGCGGUACCUUGAGCUAGAGAAGAAUAUGGCUAUCACCUCUGAUCCCUUCAUGAUUGGAGAUGAUUCCAGCAACCCCAGUGGCGGUCUGGAAGCACUCUUCGCCAACCCAGAGAAGUUUAACAUCUGCUGGGUUGAAGACAUGCCCACCCGUCUCGGCGCGACAUCCCCAGCAUCUUCUCUCGGCGUGCCCGACUCUGUGAUUCCACCCAACGUGCUCUCUGCCAUGGAGGCUGACAGCACCCGCAACCACGACUGGGCCGUCGCCAAUUCGGCAGAACUCCUCAAUACUACUCCCGCAGCUGUGCGCUCCUUCGCAGCGAUCACUGCUCAGCACAUGCUCAACAACCCAGGCAUGCUCGGUGCCAACCCGACCCUGGACGAUGUUGCCGGGCUCACCAAUGAAGAGCUGAGGGACCUCUCUGGUCGUUCCCAGAAGGACCUGGAGCUGACUCGGAAGGAACUGGACUCGCUGGAUAAGAAGUUCGCAGCUCUGCUUCGACGUAACCGGAAGCUCCAGCUGCAGGCAUUGACAUUCGCUGCUGCGUCCGAGUUAUAA